AAAAAUUAAAAUAAUUAUUAUAAUUUUUAUUGUUUUUAUCCUAUGGACUUUGCUUUUGGUGUUUUCCUAAAAUUAAGCUCUCUUGAACAACAAUUUCAUCUGCACUGUCUUAAAUUUUUUGUUGUUUGCAAAGCUUGUAAGAUUUGGAUAAAACCAAGAUUUGUGUGUUUGUGCUUGCAAAAACACUAGCCACUUAAAUUGCUAUUUAUUUCUUUUGUUUUUGUUUUCUACCAUAUCUAUCCUUUCCCUCUUUAGCUCAACUAGAGCUUCACUCUCUCUUUUGCUAAAUCCACAGCAAAACCUAAGCUAUAUAUACCACACACUAGAAAUCUUGAUUCACUUAUAUGUAUGUAUCUGCCAAUGAUAUCUGGUGACUUCUUCUCCACUAUCUCUUCUCCCAUCAAAAUGCUUCCUCAAGACUCUGAAGCAAACCCUAAUGCUAAAUCCAACUCAAAUCCCUGUCUCAAGAAGAAAAGAAACCUUCCAGGACAUCCAGAUCCAGAUGCUGAAGUGAUUGCUCUUUCACCAAAGACCCUGAUGGCCACCAACAGAUUUGUCUGCGAGAUAUGCAACAAAGGGUUCCAGAGAGACCAGAACUUGCAGCUUCAUAGAAGAGGCCACAACCUGCCGUGGAAACUGAAGCAAAGAACCAACAAGGAUCAGGUGAAGAAGAAGGUUUAUAUUUGCCCGGAAACAACAUGCGUGCACCACGAUGCCUCCAGGGCUCUGGGGGAUCUCACCGGGAUCAAGAAGCAUUUUAGCAGAAAGCAUGGUGAGAAGAAAUGGAAGUGUGACAAGUGCUCAAAGAAAUAUGCGGUUCAAUCGGACUGGAAAGCUCAUUCCAAGACUUGUGGGACUAGAGAGUACAAAUGUGACUGUGGCACACUAUUUUCCAGGAAAGAUAGUUUUAUUACACAUAGAGCUUUUUGUGAUGCCUUGGCUGAAGAGAGUUCAAGAUUUAGUACUUCACUCACUGCACCUGCAGAGGCUGCGGCGGCUAAUAACAUGAACUUCACAAAUACGGAGACGAGUAGUGCGAUAAAUCAUCACCAGCCGAGUAAUUUGUCACAUGGGUUUACGGGGAUUCCCGAAUUUGGAUCGGGUACUUUUACACCGGACAUGGGUGGGGGUGAGCACCACAAGCCAAGAUUAGCGCUUUGGUUGCAGGAUCAGGCGAAUUCCCAGCUCAAUUCUCCGACGAUGUACAACUCGAAUGUGACUGAUCAUGUGGUGCAAUUGGGGUCUAAUAAUAAUGUUUUUGGAGGAGGCAAUUACGGAAGUCUCUCGUUGUCUCAAGGCCUUAAGGAGGAUGGAUCGGUGAAUAAUUCCAAUAAAUCUUGUGUACCAUCAGGAAAAAUUCUCAGCGGAAGUUCUAAUUUGUACUCGAGUAAUUACAAGAAUGGGCAAAGAAUGGAGUCAUCUCCCAUGUCCGCCACGGCCCUUCUCCAAAAGGCCGCUCAGAUGGGAUCGACUCGAAGCAAUCCAUCGAUGUUUGGAAACACAUUCGGCCUAAUGAACUCUAGUAAUGACAAUGCUCUCCCAUCCCCUGACCAAAGAAACAAUGAUCCAUUUCACCAAGUGUUCGGCAAACAAGGGGAAACCUUAAGUGAAUUAUCUUUACCAGCUUCUGUCAGUUGCUCCAGUUCAUCGACAAUGUACGUGAACCCGGGCAACAAUUUUGAUCAAAUGAUGGUGCAGAAUAGGAUGAGUGCACAGCAGAGAAGUGCUGGAUUGACUGGUUUCGAAAACAGCAGCAGCUUGACUAGAGAUUUUCUUGGCGUGGGAGGUGAAGGGGGGCGUCCAUUUUUGCCACAAGAGUUGGCUAAAUUUGCUUCCUUCACUUCUGCCAUGGGCUUGAGCCACUUCCCAAGCCAUUAAUUCACUAGUUAAAUUCAUGUUUCUGUUGAUUCACAUUACAGUAUAAUUCUAUUUUGUACUUCUGUUGUACCAGUUGUGUAAUAAUUUUGUUGCACUUGAUUCA